AGAUGAGAGACAUAUUUAGUGUUCAUUUGUUUGACUUUUUUCUUACUGUUUGCAAUUGCUUCAAUUGGCCUUGGGGUUGAUUUAAAAAGUCUGCAGUCAGCCGAGCCCCAUGACCAUAGAAAAAGUCUUUCAAUGGCAUAAACGCAAACGCCUGUGUUACCUCUUCUUUGGAGGUUUAAAGAGGACCUUUAACCCGACUUUUGCGUGUGUGUGGCGACUCAACUUGCUUGAUUGUUGCCACGGUAACUUGGAACUUGCUUGAAACUUAAAGGUAAAGAUUUGAGACUUAUUUACAACUUAUGAUUGGUCCUGCUACAGGUUGUGUUGAUGGCUUUGGUCUCCAACAUGGUCCUACUGCUUUUGCUGGUGUGCCUGUGCCAGCAGUUGGCGCCGGUGAGCAGUCACAGAAACCAGAAGAGUGACCGAAGAGCCGACAAGGACGCGCACAAGGGGGCGAAAAAGGCCUCCUCGCGGCUUUUUCGGGGCAGGGACAAGCGCGGGUGCAGCUGGGCCGCGUCGGGCGAUGACCGUGACGUCACCCUGGUGGUCACCUGCCUCGAACGGGGGUCCGCCUUCGUCUGCCAGUACGCCGCCACGCCAUCCUCGUGCGCCCGCUACGCCGCCGAUUCCAAACUGUACUGGAAGCAAAUGGGACGGGCGCUGAGGAGGCACGGGAGUUUGUGCCGGGAAGGCAGCGCGCCGGUCAGGGCGGCGCUGUGCAGGGGCGCACCCCCACAGGCUCGCUUCAGACUGAAGACCACGGAGACCCCGACCGCAACCUCGGUGAAGUCGUGUAUCCCCGAGAACAGGAAGUUAGCCAGGGAGUACUGCAAAGAGGCCUGGUCCGAUUUAUGCACCUUUUUGUUCACUAUGGUGCAAGGAGACGCAUGCUGAGACAAAAAUGAAAAAUGAUAGCGUCCCCGCCUACCUUCUGUUAUUUGUUGGAAAGCUCACUUAUUUUUGUGCUUUUUCUGAAAUGCCACAAAAUGGCGCCAAAGCCUUGUCCAAUAGAAAAGUCGUCAUAGGGCUUUGGUGCCAAGGAAGUACAGUGGUGCCUUAACUUAAGUGUGUCCCGACUUCAAGUUUGUUGAGAUACGAGCCACAGCACGACUAAUUUUAUACUGUGACUUGCGAGUAAAAAUUGGUGAUUCGAGCGCUAGAUAUCUGCAAAUUCAACUUGAGUGACUUCACAACACGCUGCUGUCUGGCCAGAUAGUGAACAAUUCUUCAGAAGAGGCUUCAAGUUGCAGUUUACCGUCAUACUAAGAGAAUUUCACAUUGUGCAUUGAAAACAAUCAGUCAAUGUUGCCUCUGGAAAGUCCAACAGCUUAAUGCUAACACACAAUGUAAAACGUCAUAGACAGGCUAAUUUAUAGCACCGAUAGUCGUGGACAGAUCAAAUAAUCCUUGCUGGCAUAUAUUCUUUAUCCUCUGCAAAAAACAACUAAUAUUACUGCAUCUUAUUUAGUCAGCUGUGGGGUGUCAAUUAUUCACGGGGUUACUGUCCUAUAGAAAACAUCCGUGCUGUUUUUUUUUUUGUUUUUUUUUCCUGACUGUGGGUAGGUGUUCAAAUACUUGGAAUGCCAAUGAGCUUGUGAAUCAACCGACGUGUAUGUGAAAUUUAAAAUCCGUUUCAUGCGCAGGAAGUAUAGAGGAGAUUAUAGAGUUAGCGUUCCAGUAUGGUUCGGGUAUUAUAAAGGUUUUGCGUUGAGAAUGAACUGAAGUAGCUGUGUUAAACAUGACCCUGUCCCAUCUUUUUUGGAACGUUUGCAGCCCUAAAAUUCUAAGUUAACGAUUAUUUGCUCAAAACAAUCAAGUUUACGAUUGUAUAGGAUGACGUUAGGUCUGGACUUAUUCAGGGUUUGUGUUAAUGUUUGGGUUAGCAUUUGGUGAGGAGUGGAGCUUUGGUCUUUUAUCAUGUAAACCAAGAGAUUCAAAAAAAAAUAAUAAUAAUCUAGCUAGACGACACAUAGACCGAGACAGUCAGGACAUGCUGUGAUGUGAGUCAUCAAAACGACUUUUCUCCUCCUCUAAUGACACAAAAUUGCCCUCCUGGUGUCACACUAACAUUUACUCUCGGAGGAAAGAACGCAUCCAGUUUGCUUUCUCCGCACGUUGCUUUUGAACCUCGGAGGAGCAAAUUAGUAGGGCGACGCUAAAUAACUGCAGCGAGUGCUGCGCUAACCACAACAUUAGAUAUUCAUAAUAUAUCUGACUGCUUUAAAAUGUUAUGAAAAGAUACCAAAAGAACAUCUAGCUAUGUUGCUCUCUGGAGCAGCAACAACAAAAUAACUAAAGAAGACCAACAACAAAACUACAGAAUAAAAUAAACCUGACGUGGCACAUUAAAGUCUGGAAUUGUGGAAAAACAAAGUACAAAAAAAUUAUUAAUAAAACACAAAAUUACAAAAUAAUAAUAAAAUUUAAAAAACAAUAACACUACCGCUAACGAAAAAACAACAACAAAAUACAACAGAUGAAACUAAUGAAAUACACCCCCAAUUCCAAUGAAGUUGGGACUUUGUGUUAAACAUAAAUAAAAACAGAAUACAAUGAUUUGCAAAUCAUGUUCAACCUAUGUUUAAUUGAAUACACUACAAAGACAAGAUAUUUAAUGUUCAAACUGAUAAACUUUAGUUUUUUGGAAAUAAUCAUGAACUUAGUAUUUUAUGGCUGCAACACAGGUGAACAGGGUCAUUGGGAACAGGCGGGUGCCAUGAUUGGGUAGAAAAGGAGCUUCCCUGAAUCGCUCAGUCAUUCACAAGCAAAGAUGGGGCGAGGUUCCCCUCUUUGGGAACAAGUGCGUGAGAAAAGAGUCCAACAGUUAAGGGGCAAUGUUCCUCAAUGUGCAAUUGCAAGGAAUUGAGGGAUUUCAUCAUCUACGGUCCAUAAUAUCAUCGAAAGGUUCAGAGAAUCUGGAGAAAUCGCUGCAUGUCAGCGGCAAGGCCGAAAAGCAACAUUGAAUGCCCGUGACCUUCGAUCCAUCAGGCGACGCUGCAUCAAAAACCGACAUCAAUGUGUGAAGGAUAUCGCCACGUGGGCUCAGGAACACUUCAGAAAACCAAUGUCAGUAAAUACAGUUUGGCGCUACAUGAAACUCUACUAUGCAAAGCAAAAGCCAUUUAUCAACAACAGACAGAAACGCCGCCGGCUUCUCUGGGCCC